UUAUUUCUCUCUUCUCUCUCAAUCCCUCCCCUGUGGUCCUCGACCUAUUUAAGUCCCUCUUAUCACUUUCUCAGUUUCUUUAUAUCUCUAAGUGUCUUUACACAAUACUUCCUUACAUUUCAGUUUUCUUCUCUUUCUGCUUCCACACCUUCAACAAAAUAUAAAACUCGUGGAAUAAACAUAAACCCUCUAUAUCUACUGGCUAUAUAGACUCUUAUUUUUCUUCAUAAACUUAACUCCCUUAUUAAGUAUUAUAACCUUUUUAUCUCUUGCUACUCCUCCCCAUCUCUUCUCUAUUGUCCAAUCCGGAGAAAGAGAUAAAGUACGCAGCUUAAGUUUCACUUUCUUGCGACAUAGUAGUGUUACAACUAAGCAACAAGUAAAAUCCUACAAAGAAUGUCUAACAGAAGAUCAAGACAAUCUUCAAGUGCUCUGAGGAUCUCCGAUGACCAGAUGAUCGACCUCGUAAGUAAGCUCCGUGUUCUUUUGCCUGAGAUUCGUGAACGACGCCGUUCUGACAAGGUGUCAGCAUCGAAGGUACUACAAGAGACAUGCAACUACAUAAGAAAGCUGCAUAGAGAAGUUGACAAUCUCAGUGACCGUUUGUCGCAGCUCCUCGACUCAGUUGAUGAAGAUAGCCAAGAAGCUGCCGUCAUUAGAAGCUUACUUAUGUAACCUUCCAAUAUAGUGAUUUAUUAUAAUAGAAAAUAUUAAUUUAUAUGUAAUAUGUUGAUCGUCCUUAAUAUACUAUCAAGCGACGUGUUUUUAAUGAGCUUCCGAAUUUCGGUCCA